UGUAAAUAAACAGAAGCGCUGUUUCGAUAAAAAACGAUAUCACUAAAGGGUUUAGUGUGAUGUUUUAAUCAUAAUUAUGAUUAAUAUAUGAUUUUAUCGUGAAGUAAUUAGCAACGCGAUUACUAUUAACACGACUUUAAAGCGAACAAAUAGUUAAAUAAACACGAAAACUUGAGUUUACUUUAUUUUUCAGUGGACAUGAGAGCUCAUAAACAGCAGGGACGCGACACACAAGGACAAGUUCUUACACCCACGGUAAACAGCUACAAGAUGCAUUUAUCUGCGGUGAAAUCUGUACUUCCAGAGAGAAUCAUACCCAAGCCUCUUGAUAUACGGUUGCCAAAAGAACUCGCCAGAGCCAACAUGGACGUUCUGAGAGCUAAUCCAGCGAGACAAGACUGCAAGUUGGCCAUGUAUGGGAAAACCCUCCAUACCCCAGUACUGGCAUUUAUGAACGAGUUCACAAGGGCAGAACAUGCUCUGAUGCCCCCUCCAGUGCCCGUGAAGAAAGGGAAAGCAAAGCGAGUCAACCCCAGUGCAUUGUGCACUAACGCCCACAGCAAGGCACUCAGCGUCUUAAACAAAGCUGGUGAUCCAGUGGUACAGAGUGACAGAUGUGCUCCGGGUUUUCCCGUGGCUUUCUGCUCUAGGAAUGAUUGUCCUGUCAACCUGGACAGACUGGACCUCGACCGUCGUGGUCUGAUGCAGUGCCCGGACCUGGAUGGGAUGAAUAAGCUCCGCUUCCUCAACCUGCAGCACAACCACAUCUCUCACCUUCCACACCUGGCUCACCUGCGACACCUCGUUUUCCUUGAUGUCUACAGCAACUGCUUGAUUGACAUGUCAGCUGUAUCACCACUCAGCUCCCUCCAGGUUCUCCUACUCGGCAAGAACAGAAUUCAAAGGAUCUGUGGUCUGGACAGCCUGACAAAACUCGAUGUGCUGGACUUACACGAAAAUCAGAUCAGCAGGAUCGAGAACGUGAGUCACCUAGCAGAACUCCGAGUGUUGAACUUGGCAGGAAACUGCAUUUCCAGGGUGGAGAAGCUGCAGGGCCUGGAAUCUCUGAUCGAACUCGACCUCAGAAACAACCACAUCUUCUCUGUAACGGAGGUGGACCAGCUGCCCUGUCUCCAGCGUCUCUUUCUCAGUGCUAAUAGCAUCAGCAGUUUUGAUGAGCUGGCCUGUCUGGGAGACUCGUGCUCUCUGAGUGAGCUCACCCUGGAUGGGAACCCUGUAGCUCAGGAGUCAUGCUACAAACAGACCGUGCUGCGCUGUGUGCUUCCACUCCGGCUGCUGGACAUGAAGCGCAUCACAGAGGAAGACAGACGCACAGCAAAUCUUUUAGCACGAAAGGAGGAUGAGAAGAAACGCGAGAGCCACAAACAAGCCGCUCACAAGGAGAAGCGACGACUGGCCAUCCGUAAGGCAGCACAGCAGUGGGAGGAGUCCAGGAGCUUUCUGGAGCUUCCAGCACAGAACGGAGGCAAGGAUGAGCUGAGCCCAGAGAACAGCCCUGCCCACAGCCCAGGACAGACCAAUGGGAUCACUCAGGAGCCCUCGCCCGAUGAGCUCAGACGAGAUAGAGGAAGUCCUGUAACUGUACCUGAGCGUCCAGCAGGGGGCAGUGAAAGUAAAUUGCGUUCAGGCAGUCGCCCCAACAGCCCCCGAGACCCCAGACUCCAGGAGGCAGGGGGUGCAUGUGUGCAGAGUCUGUCUCUGUCUGAGAGCCACGUGGCUGAGCUGGAUGGUGAGACGGUGCGUCUGUUCGGUCCGGGAGCUCUGGACACUCUGGAGAGAGGUUGGGGUGUGCAGACAGCCAGCACCGUCACUACCAUCGCCUUCCGCUAUAUACAGUUUGACAGCAUCGUGCCUACUCUGCCGCGCAUUCGCCUCAAAUUCCCCAACCUCACGCACUUGAUCUUUAUGGAGACUAAUAUAACCCGGCUGUUGCAGUUAGCAGCUCUAGCACAGAUAAAGAGGCUGGAGCAGGUGACUAUUGAUCCGGAGGGAAACCCUGUAGUGAGCCUCACUCUGUGGCGAUCCUUUCUCAUCUACAGACUCAACCACCUCAACCUUCAGAAAAUCAAUGGCACGGAGGUGACUAUGAACGACGUCAUUGCGGCUGAGCGAAUUUUUGGGACCCUGGGUCACGUGGCUUCAACUGAAACACCGCACUGUCGACUGCUUCUCCUGCUGGAGGAGUCGAGGAAGAGACAGCUGCAGUUCUUGCUGGAAGGCAGAGUUCGCAGGUUUGGAUUGAGCCCUGAGGAGCUGAGGGAAAACGGGAAGCUGCUGGGGGAAAGCAUGAGCCGUGCACUCUUUAACUACCCCAACAAGGACUCCAGCUCUGACAGUCCAGAGGAGAGCAGCAGUGAGGUGUUGGGGCGCAGCUCCGUGGUGGAUCAGUACCUGCGAGGACUCGUGCGCUCUGCCUCCAGCACCAGUGUGAAGGGAGAAGCGCUGCACAAGCUCUGGCCCACCAUGUUUGUAGAGAUGGUGAGGGACUGUGUGCUUGAGACAAGGGACACAACGGCGUACGCGCACACCUGCCUCGACACGCUCUCCAGUGCCAAAUGAAAGGGAGGAGAGCGAUGAAGUGGAAAGCGUGUGGAGAGAAAUGAAAGGAUGUUUACUCCGCCCAGGAAAAAAACAACAUUCCUGCUGUCUUUUUGUCCCGUUUCCAAAAACACAAUCUCCUAUGGAGAUUAGUCAAAUGUAGAAAUUUGAACUCGCGUAUGACUCGGAGGGACAGACUCAAUGAACCUCACUUAAGCUCUGACUGAGAAAUUAGGAAUGAUCUUUGAUGAUAAAAACAUGAUGCCUGUGAUGUUUUUAUGCUUGUUCACCCACACACAAGUGUCGCAGAAGACUAGUAAGAGUAAUAUGCUAACGAGGUUUGCUAACGUCGGUCUUCCUAAUGGUGCUGUUAACAGACACAAAAAAAAAAAACAAAUCCAGUCUGGGUUUAUUUUCUGUCUGCUGUCUAACUGCGAAACCCUAGAAGAGAUAAGACAAUUUUAUGUUUUAGCAUCUCUGUCUCUUUUUAUGCUGCUGGAUAGGGUCCAAAAGACAUGAACUCCUCUUGCACAGAGGGUUUUUUGCGCUUUUGUUCUGUAUUUUACAGGAUAUUAAAAGAGAAUGAUGAACUCU